AAAAAAAACAAGAACAAUUAGCUUAUCAAACAAAGCACAUGCAUGCUCUUCACGGGAACUAAAACAUCAUCCAUCUCCCAACUUACCCAAAAAUACACAAAAAUGUAAUUAUUACAGAGAGCCUACAACAAACAAGGACAUUAUCGUCAUUUUACAUCAUCUGGUACGGUUAUGAAGACACUUGACCAGCGCAGCGAUGAACCCGAGACCAUUGCCGAGCUCUAUUCUGCUCCAUUGCCAUCAAUCACCACCACCAUGUGACCUUCUCUCUCUCUCUCUCUACUCUGAAAAAAAAAACAAUUUUUAUUUUCUUUUACAAGGUUUCUUAAUGAUUUGUUAUGACCCUGUUGGAUUCAAACCAAACCCACACGAGAGAAUGAUGAGGAAGUUGUAGUAGUAGUAGUAGUAGAUCAACGAUUUUGUUACAAAUUUUUUUUUUUUUUUUUUGAUUAGAGAUUAACAAAAACGAUUCAUUCAACGACUUUUUCUCUACAUUUCUCCCCAAAUCUCUCUGUCGUUGUGUAUUAAGCUAAAAAAAUUCAAGCAAUGUCGCUUGAGAUAACGAGACCGAACACGACGAAGACGAAGAAGAUGAAGACAGGUUUCGUCGUGAAAAUGCAGCUUAAUCACAACAACAACAACAACAGAGGAGGAGGAAAUAAAAGAAACACCUUUGUCUUCUUCUUCUUCAGAAACUAUUACACAUGGAUCCUCUGGUUUUUUCUCUCUUUCUAUUUCUUCACAUCUUACUUCUCCGGCGAAGACCAAUCCUCCUCAUCUCCCUCGAUACGUCUCUUGUCUAACCAUAAAUCCUCGUCGUCUCUCCCUUCUCGUGCUCUCAUCGAAUCUUCCGCCAUUACCACCACCUCCAUUGGUAUGUUCAGCGGAAUGAAGAUAUAUGUAUACGAUUUACCGGCGAGUUAUAACGAAGAUUGGGUUAAGGCAUCAGAACGUUGCGCCACUCAUCUUUUCGCGGCGGAGGUAGCGAUUCACCGUGCGCUUCUCUCCUCCGUCGUCCGUACGUUAGACCCUGAAGAAGCUGAUUUCUUCUUCGUCCCUGUCUACGUCUCUUGCAAUUUCUCAACAUCCAACGGCUUCCCUUCUUUAAGCCACGCCCGCUCUCUCCUCAGCUCCGCCGUUGAUUUCCUCUCCGUUCGUCACCCGUUUUGGAACCGGACUCAAGGCUCUGACCAUGUCUUCGUUGCUUCCCAUGACUUUGGCGCUUGCUUCCACGCUAUGGAGGAUAUGGCUAUUGAGGAAGGGAUACCAGAGUUUAUGAAGAAGUCAAUAAUUUUACAAACGUUUGGAGUAAAUUACAAGCAUCCAUGUCAAGAAGUGGAGCAUGUUGUGAUCCCGCCUUAUAUCCCGCCGGAGAGUGUUGAGAGAGCUGUCGAAAGAUCUCCGGCGAACGGACGGCGAGACAUUUGGGCGUUUUUCCGGGGAAAGAUGGAAGUCAACCCUAAGAAUAUAAGCGGACGCUUUUACAGCAAGGGAGUGAGAACGGCGAUUCUAAAAAAAUACGGGGGAAGAAGACGGUUUUAUCUAAACCGGCACCGGUUUGCUGGAUACCGAUCAGAAAUCGUGAGAUCGGUGUUUUGUCUCUGUCCACUAGGGUGGGCACCAUGGAGUCCAAGGCUAGUGGAAUCCGCAGUGUUAGGGUGCGUUCCCGUGGUGAUAGCUGACGGGAUCAAGCUACCGUUCUCGGAGACGGUACGGUGGCCGGAGAUCUCGCUCACGGUGGCGGAGAAAGACGUGAGGAAUCUACGAAAGAUUUUAGAACACGUGGCUGCGACUAACUUGUCAGCGAUACAGCGAAACCUACACGAGCCGGAGAUCAAACGGUCCCUCUUGUACAACGUUCCGAUGAAAGAAGGAGACGCCACGUGGCGGAUCCUCGAGGCGUUGCGGAGAAAGCUCGGUGAACGGUCGUACAGAAGGUCAAGGGUACUGAGCCAAUGAGAAGUCGACAUGUAAGAUUCGCUGUCUGAAUUGGGAAUGGAUGCUAGGCUGGAUUAGUUUUGUUCGGACUGAUUCGGAAUCGGGUUAAACCGGGAAUGUCUCGUGUGUGGGGUGGGGGUGUCCACAACGUGAGGUGGGGUUUUAAACCCGACACGUGAGAUGUUUGCUGAGCUGGCGUGCACUGAGUGGAUUGAAACGUGCUUUGGGGAAGUGAAAGUGUAAAGUAUUGCUGACCUGUAAUUCUUUUGUUGAGUAGGCAUUUAUAGAUGAUUCUUUCUUGAAUAUAAAAUCAAAGUUGCAAAUUAUAAUUAAAUUCAUCAAAUCUCA